GCCUCCUCCCUUCGCGGGACGUGCGUCUGGGGAUCACUCCGGCCCCGCUCCUCCCCGCCGGCGGGGGGAGAAGGGGGACAGGGGGCCGUCCCAUGCGGCUAUAAAGGGCCCUGGGCCUCCACAGUUCGCCUCGGCUCGCCCGGGCGUCCUCUGGCUCCGCUUUCGCCGCUUUCUUCCUGGCUAAAGCUCCCGCGGCCGCUCCGGUUCCACUCGACUCUCUCGAGCCUCGGCUACGCGGGCUGCGGCGGAAGAUGGCGGCUCCGGCAGGUCCCCCGGCUGAGACGGCUGGGGCCGAAUGCUCUGAGGAGGCGCUAGCCGCCGCUCUGGCGGACGUGCCCGAACUAGCCCGCCUUCUAGAGACAGACCCGUACCUGAAGCCCUACGCUCCGGACUUCCAGCGCAGGUAUAAGCGGUUUAACCAGACUUUGAACGACAUUGGAGAGAAUGAAGGUGGUAUUGAUAGGUUUUCCAGAGGUUAUGAAUCAUUUGGCGUCCACAGAUGCGCUGAUGGUGGUUUAUACUGCAAAGAAUGGGCCCCAGGAGCUGAAGGAGUUUUUCUUACUGGAGACUUCAAUGAUUGGAACCCAUUUUCAUACCCAUAUAAAAAACUGGAUUUUGGAAAAUGGGAGCUGUAUAUCCCACCAAAGCAAAAUAGAUCUGUCUUAGUACCUCAUGGAUCCAAACUAAAGCUUGUUAUCAGGAGUAAAAGUGGAGAAAUCUUGUACCGUAUUUCACCGUGGGCGAAGUAUGUGACUCGUGAAGGCAGUAAUGUGAACUAUGAUUGGAUACACUGGGAUCCAGAAUACUCGUAUAAAUUUAAACAUUCCAAACCAAAGAAGCCAAAAGGUCUACGAAUUUAUGAAUCUCACGUGGGAAUUUCUUCCUAUGAAGGAAAAAUAGCUUCUUAUAAACAUUUUACAUGCAAUGUACUACCAAGAAUCAAAGACCUUGGAUAUAAUUGUAUUCAGUUGAUGGCGAUCAUGGAACAUGCUUACUAUGCCAGUUUUGGUUACCAAAUCACAAGCUUCUUUGCAGCUUCAAGCCGUUAUGGAACUCCUGAAGAGCUGAAAGAACUGGUUGAUACAGCCCAUUCCAUGGGUAUUACAGUCCUCUUAGAUGUGGUACACAGCCAUGCCUCAAAAAAUUCAGAAGAUGGACUAAAUAUGUUUGAUGGGACUGAGUCCUGUUACUUUCAUUAUGGACCUAGAGGGACUCAUCUUCUAUGGGAUAGUCGGUUAUUUGCCUACGCCAGCUGGGAAGUUUUAAGAUUUCUUCUGUCAAACAUAAGAUGGUGGUUGGAAGAGUAUGGCUUUGAUGGAUUUCGUUUUGACGGUGUUACAUCAAUGCUCUAUCAUCACCAUGGAAUAGGUGAGAAUUUUUCAGGUGAUUACCAUGAGUAUUUUGGACUACAAGUAGAUGAAGAUGCUUUGACUUACAUCAUGUUGGCAAAUCAUUUGAUUCAUACACUGUAUCCAGAUUCUAUAACAAUAGCUGAGGAUGUAUCAGGAAUGCCAGCUCUGUGUUCUCCAAUUUCCCAGGGAGGGGGUGGUUUUGACUAUCGAUUGGCCAUGGCAAUUCCAGAUAAAUGGAUCCAGUUACUGAAAGAAUAUAAAGAUGAAGACUGGAACAUGGGCAAUAUAGUAUAUACACUCACAAACCGACGCUACCUUGAAAAGUGCAUUGCCUACGCAGAGAGCCAUGAUCAGGCACUUGUUGGGGAUAAGACAUUGGCAUUUUGGUUGAUGGAUGCUGAAAUGUAUACCAACAUGAGUGUUCUGACCCCAUUUACUCCCGUUAUUGAUCGUGGAAUACAGCUUCAUAAGAUGAUUCGACUCAUUACUCACGCACUCGGUGGAGAGGGGUAUCUCAAUUUCAUGGGUAAUGAAUUUGGGCAUCCUGAAUGGUUAGACUUCCCAAGAAAAGGAAAUAAUGAGAGCUACCAUUAUGCACGAAGGCAGUUUCAUUUAACUGAUGAUGACCUUCUUCGCUAUAAGUUCCUAAAUAACUUUGACAGGGAUAUGAAUAAAUUGGAAGAAAGAUGUGGCUGGCUUUCAGCUCCACAGGCCCAUGUGAGUGAAAAGCAUGAAGACAAUAAGAUCAUUGCUUUUGAGAGAGCUAGUCUUCUUUUCAUCUUCAACUUUCAUCCAAGCAAGAGCUAUACUGAUUACCGAGUUGGAACAACAUUGCCAGGAAAUUCCUUAAGAGCUGUACGUACAAAAUUGUGCUCGAUUCAGAUGCAGCAGAAUACGGAGGACACAAGAGACUGGACCACAAUACCGAAUUCUUCUCUGAACCUUUUGAACAUAAUAACUGUCCCUGUUCUCUUUUGGUGUACAUUCCAAACCGAGUGGCCCUCAUCCUUCGCAAUGUGGACCUGCCCAACUGAAGAGAUGUGAUUUCAGCUCCCACAGAGGAAGACCUGCGCUUUGUUUUCCCACGCUCACCGUCCCUCAACUUGUAAUGUGUAAGCUUUUCAAAAUAUAUGUGUCUAGCCGAAAUGUCCGAUGUCUGAAAUUCAGUAUUGGUUUAUGAAAAUGAAUGUCAAACUUUAUUCUUUAAAGAGUAGAAGGGGACAUAUUUUUGAAAUUUUAGCGAUCCUAGACUACAUUGUCCAGCCAUCUGAACAGCUAGGAUCCUUGAAGUGUUGUAUAUCAUGUCUUUAAAGACUUUUGCCUUACAGCCCAAUUAUUUAAUCCUUUUAAGUUCAAAUUUGAAUCAUGUAUCCAUGUUUGAUUAUUUCUGUUGAAUGUAUACAGUAUUUUUUUCUAAGGCAAAUAUUUGGUGACUUUAUUUGUUCUGAUAUCUCUUGGUCUAAAUUACAAGACACUAGAGAUUGUUACUUUCCUUUUUCAAAGUGUGUUUAGAAAUACUGUAAUAAACACAUAAUAAUAAUAUAAAACAAAGAAUUGUGUCAAAUAUAAAAGUUGUUGCCUAUGAACCAUCCAUGCCUUAUUUUGCAUAAAUUUUAUCUUGCGGUCUCUAUUCAUUUAAUAUCUUGGUAGAUGCUAGUAUCUUCAUUUCUGAAGGCUUGACCUGGUAAUUGUAACAUUUCAGAAAACAUCUUUUACUUUCAACCAAUAAAAAAAAUAUCGCACAGUU